AUGGGCACCCCCGACAAGAAAAGAUCUGAUUUUGUUGAUGUAGUUAGGUCUUGGAUCCCCCGAAGGGCUGAGCCACCAAAUGUGUCGAGGGACUUCUGGAUGCCCGAUCAGAGUUGUAGGGUAUGCUAUGAGUGUGAUUCACAGUUCACAAUAUUCAACCGCAGGCAUCAUUGUCGACUAUGUGGGCGAGUUUUCUGUGCCAAAUGCACUGCCAAUUCUGUUCCUGCGCCAUCAUAUGAGCCAAAUACCGUCCGAGAAGAUUGGGAGAGGAUAAGGGUCUGUAACUAUUGUUUUAAACAAUGGGAACGGUUAGCAGCAGUUGAUAAUAAUGGCAGUGCAGACCCUUCGUCCACUCCUUGUCUCAGCCCUUCACCAUCUACAACAAGCUUGGUCAGCACUAAGUCCAGUUGCACCUGUCAUAGUAGCAGCAGCACUGCUGGUUCAGUUCCUUAUACAACUGGGCCUUAUCAGCGUGUGCCUUAUAGUCCCCCUCAAUCAUCGCAAAUGAAUCAGAUAGCUGAUGAGCAAGAUAAUUUAAAUUCUGGGAGGAGUUCAAAUCCCUCUGAGGCUGUAGGGAAUUUGACUUCUAACCAAUUUGGCUAUUGCUUCAACAGGAGUGAUGAUGAGGAUGAUGAUUAUGGUGUUUAUCAUUCUGACACAGAAUCAAGACAUUAUUCUCAUGCCCAUGACUAUGAAGAUCCAGUUAACAUUCAUGGGGUUGACCAUGUCUAUGGGCCACAUCAAAUGCAUACUGAUGAAGAUAACAUUCAAGAAAAAAGCUUGAAUUGCUUAACACCACCACGGAAUCUUGAUCUAGAAGGUGUAGGUGGAAUUCAAGCACCUGAUAAAGAAGCUGAUGAGCAUGAUCAUGCUGAUGGAUGUGAAACUUCUCCUUAUCAUGAGGAGAACGAUGCAGAGCCUGUGGAUUUUGAGAGUAAUGGACUAAUGUGGCUACCUCCUGAGCCAGAAGAUGAAGAGGAUGAUAGAGAAGCUGUUCUUUUUGAUGAUGACGAGGAUGAAGGUACUACUGGAGGUGGGGAAUGGGGAUAUCUACGAUCCUCCACUAGUUUUGGCUCUGGAGAAUGUCGUAGCAGAGAUAAAGCAAGUGAGGAUCAUAGGAAGGCCAUGAAGACUGUAGUGGAAGGGCAUUUUAGAGCACUGGUCACUCAGCUCUUACAAGUGGAGAACCUAAGUAUUUGUGAUGAAGAUGGAAAAGAGAACUGGUUGGAUAUAAUUACUGCUUUGUCUUGGGAAGCUGCUACAAUUCUGAAGCCCGAUAUGAGCAGAGGUGGAGGUAUGGAUCCUGGUGGAUAUGUAAAGGUUAAAUGCAUAGCUUGUGGACAUCGAAAUGAAAGCAUGGUGGUUAAAGGAGUUGUAUGCAAAAAGAACGUGGCUCAUCGGCGAAUGACAUCAAAAAUUGAAAAACCACGUUUUUUAAUACUUGGAGGUGCUUUGGAGUAUCAGCGCGUUUCUAACCAGUUAUCAAGUGUGGAUACUUUGUUACAGCAGGAGAUGGACCAUUUGAAGAUGGCAGUUGCAAGGAUUGAUGCACAUCACCCCAAUGUGCUUUUAGUGGAGAAGUCAGUAUCUCGCUAUGCUCAAGAAUACCUUCUUGCUAAAGACAUAUCCCUUGUCCUGAAUAUCAAAAAGCCACUUUUAGAGCGCAUUGCUCGUUGUACUGGUGCACAGAUUGUCCCUUCAAUUGAUCAUUUGACCUCUCAGAAGCUGGGAUAUUGCGAAACAUUCCACGUGGACAAAUUUUUUGAGGAACAUGGUAGUGCUGGGCAAGGUGGGAAAAAAUCAACAAAGACUUUGAUGUUCUUUGAGGGUUGCCCGAAACCUUUAGGUUGCACUAUCUUGUUGAAGGGUGCCAAUGGGGAUGAGUUGAAGAAGGUGAAACAUGUGAUCCAAUAUGGAGUCUUUGCAGCUUAUCAUCUGGCCCUAGAGACAUCUUUUCUGGCUGAUGAAGGUGCUUCACCUCUAGAGUUUCCCUUGAAAUCUCCCAUAACUGUUGCGUUACCUGAUAAACCAUCUAGUAUUGUGAGAUCCAUUUCCACUAUCCCUGGAUUUUCUGUUCUCUCUGCUAGAGAGUCUCAGGGAGCAAAACCUUGUGAAGUACCAAAAUCUAAUGAUAUCCACAAGACAGAAAGAACCCCAUCUAGCUGCAGUGAGUCCACUGAAAGAUCAAUGGUGGGUGACUCAAUCGAUAUGCACGGAGUGUCAGGAGAUGCCAUCCAAUCAGCUCAGGAUAUGGCAUCUUUGCACUGCAAAAGUUUCCUUUCAAAUACUGCUUCUAAGGAGGACGAUAAUAAAUGUCCUAAGGAAUUUUUUCAAUACAGACCAGAUGAGAGAAGAGAAAUUAUGUUGAAAAAUAAUCUUAUUUCAGAUUCUUUUGGAACCUCUGAGUCUUCACAACAAGAUGGCAAUAGCCACCUCAAAGCUGCAGCAUUGUCUGUUAAUCAAGGCCCUAGUCCUGAGCCACCCUAUGUAAGACAUGAUACUAAUAGUAGUAAUAACAAUAAUUAUCAUGAGGACAUGAUACAUUCAAAUGAAGAUUUCCCCCCCUCAACUUCUGACCAUCAGAGUAUUUUAGUCUUUUUAUCAACACGUUGUGUGUGGAAAGGAUCUGUUUGUGAAAGGUCCCAUCUUGUCAGAAUUAAAUACUAUGGAAGUUCUGACAAGCCUUUGGGACGGUUCUUGAGAGAUCAACUUCUUGAUCAGAGUUACACCUGCUGCUCAUGUGAAUUGCCAUCACAAGCCCAUGUUCAUUGUUAUACUCAUCGGCAAGGCAGCCUGACAAUUUCUGUUAUGAAACUACCAGAUUUUGUUUUACCAGGGGAACGAGAAGGUAAAAUUUGGAUGUGGCACAGGUGCCUAAAAUGUCCUCGUGUAAAUGGUUUUCCUCCUGCUACACGAAGAGUAGUUAUGUCUGAUGCUGCCUGGGGCUUAUCCUUUGGGAAAUUUUUGGAGCUGAGUUUUUCAAAUCAUGCAGCAGCUAGCAGGGUUGCAAGUUGUGGUCAUUCUCUCCACAGAGAUUGUUUAAGAUUCUAUGGUUUUGGGAAGAUGGUUGCCUGCUUUCGUUAUGCUUCAAUUCACCUUCAUUCUGUUUAUCUUCCCCCACCUAAACUAGAAUUCAUCAACUAUGAUAGGCAGGACUGGGUACAAAAAGAAGCUUAUGAGCUGCAUAAGAAGGCUGAAUUACUGUUUAGUGAAGUGUGCACCGUUCUGCAUCAAAAUUCAGACAAGGUUUCAGGUACUGUGUUGCAGGAGGGUGGACAUAGGGUGUCGGAUUUUAGGAAUCUAAUUGCGGAACUUAAAGGGAUGCUGCAGUAUGAGAAAGAGGGAGUUGAGGACUCGUUACAAAAAUUGCUGCAUAAAGAAGGCAAAGCUGGACAGCCCAUGAUUGAUAUUUUAGAGCUCAAUAAGUUGCGCAGGGAUAUCCUUAUUCAUUCUUAUGUUUGGGACCAACGCUUGAUAUAUGCAUCCAAUUUAAUUAAAAUUACACUUCAAGAAAAUUCAAAGAUCUUAAAUCAUAGAGAGAAGUUGCUUGGUCCAAGAGAGAAGAUGGUUGAAGCAGAUGUUGCCACUAGGCCAGCAAGAGGCCAUAGCAGUUGUGAUUCCUUUCUUUUGGAAACAAAACCUGAUGGAAACCUAAAUUUAGAAAACACUAGCCACCCUGGUGAUGUGAUUAAAAGUGAAGACAAGGGUAAAGAUACAAAUCAUCAUAAAGUUGACCUCUCUCUCUCUGGUUGUGUAAAUACCAAUGAUAAAUCUGAUUCUGUGGAGUUUGGAGGGUCUGUAAGGAGGGCUUUGUCUGAGGGGGAAUCUGCUGUUGUGGCUAAUUUAUCUGAUACCCUUGAUGCAGCAUGGACAGGUGAAAGUCACCCUACAAAUUCAUCACUCAAAGAAAACGGUUGUCUAUCUCCUGAUGCAGCAGCUGUGGCUGUUCAUUCACCUGUGGCAAAUAUAGUUACAUCAAAAUCAAAUUCUGACAAGUAUACUGCUGAUAUAGGUGGGAUCGAGGCAGAAUGUUCUAAUUACUCUAAAUUACUUUCCAAAGGACUUGAUACUAAAUGGAAAGCAAUGCCUUUUGCAAACUUCUUUGGUUCAUUCAAUAAAACUUCUUCCUUCAAUAUUCAGAAACUUGUUGAGUACAACCCAGUCCACAUUUUAUCAUUUCGAGAGGUGGAGCGCCAGACUGGUGCUAGACUACUUCUGCCCGCUGGCACUAAUGAUACUAUAGUGCCUGUUUACGAUGAUGAACCCACUAGUGUUAUAGCGUAUGUGCUUGUGUCAAUGGAUUAUCAUAUGCAGAUGUCAGAAUUUGAUAGACCUAAAGACAGUGGAGACAGUUCAAUUUCAUUGCCACUCUUUGAUUCAACAAGCUUACUUUCUCUUAACUCUUUCGAUGAGACAAUUAGUAAUACAUACAGAGGUCUUGGCUCUUUUGAUGAGAGCAUGUUAUCCACUUCUGGGUCUCGGAGUUUACCGGCUGGGGAUCCACUCUCAUACACAAAGGAUUUGCACGCAAGGGUUUCAUUUACUGAUGAGAGCUCCCUUGGGAAAGUGAAAUAUACUGUAACUUGCUACUAUGCAAAGAGAUUUGAGGCUUUAAGAAGAACUUGUUGCCCUACGGAGUUAGAUUUUGUGCGGUCCCUUAGCCGUUGUAAGAAAUGGGGGGCUCAGGGAGGAAAGAGCAAUGUUUUCUUUGCAAAAACCCUGGACGAUAGGUUUAUUAUCAAGCAGGUUACAAAAACAGAGCUAGAGUCAUUUACCAAGUUUGCACCAGCUUAUUUUAAGUAUUUAUCUGAGUCAAUCAGUACAGGAAGCCCAACUUGUCUAGCAAAGAUCUUGGGAAUUUAUCAGGUAACAUCUAAGCACCUCAAAGGAGGGAAGGAAACAAAAAUGGAUGUUUUGGUUAUGGAAAAUCUUCUUUACAGGCGAAACAUUAGACGGCUUUAUGACCUCAAAGGUUCUUCCCGAUCACGGUACAAUCCAGAUACAACUGGGAGCAAUAAAGUGCUGCUGGAUCAGAACCUCAUUGAAGCUAUGCCAACCUCUCCAAUAUUUGUUGGGAAUAAGGCAAAACGGUUGCUGGAGAGGGCUGUGUGGAAUGAUACUGCCUUCCUUGCAUCAAUACAUGUUAUGGACUACUCAUUGCUGGUUGGGGUGGAUGAGGAAAAACAUGAGCUGGUAUUAGGUAUCAUUGAUUUUAUGAGGCAGUAUACAUGGGAUAAACACCUUGAAACUUGGGUGAAGACCUCAGGCAUCCUUGGUGGACCCAAGAAUACUUCUCCAACAGUUAUAUCACCGCAGCAGUACAAGAAACGGUUUAGGAAAGCCAUGAGUUUAUAUUUUCUCAUGGUGCCAGAUCAGUGGUCUCCUCCAGGGUUACACCCCAGUGGGUCCCAAUCUGACAUUUGUGACGAAAAUGCAUGA